AGCACGCUCGGCCCGCUCCGGCCCUCACCACACCGCCUGCAUGGUGCGUGUCGACGGGCCUCGGAGGACACGGGCAGCACACCUUGGCGACGGCACGCUCCGAGGCUCCUCGGCAACGGCUGGGAUCGCGCAGCUCUGCCGGUGCCAUCGGCGAACGCGGUGGCGAUGCGGGGCCGCACCUCGGCGCCCAGGCGAUCGCCGGUGCAUCGGCGGCGCGGUGCGGCCUCCCCGGGUGCCACCUGCUCUGGGGGCCCACCCGGGCGGCCUCCAGCGGGAGCGAUGGCUGCCGAAGAGGGCGCCGGCCUGGAGGAGGAGCUGAUGCAGCUGGAGGAGGAGCGGAUGGCCCUGGAGGAGGAGCUCGAGCAGCUCCGCUUCGAGGUUCAGGAGGCGCGCCUCGCCGGGAACGCGGUGCUGACUGCCGCCGAAGCGGUCAUGGCACCGCUGAUGGCCGAGCUUGCCGGAGCUCAGCGCAUAUGCGUUGAGAACGGGCAGCUAGCACAGGCUUCGGCUUCCGACGUGGUCCUCGCGAGCUCCGACGGUGGCGGGGACGCCAUGCCACUGGACACGUCGCCAGAGGCAGAGG